CGCCGCGGUCGCCGCCGCUCCUCCUCUCCACCCUCCACCCCCCACAGUCUUGGGUUUCCCUGGCGUUGCUGCCGCCGCUACCUCUGCGGGCUGCAUGAAGAGGAGGAGGAGGAGGAGGAUGUGAAGAUGGCGGAGCUGCAGAUGCUGCUGGAAGAGGAAAUCCCGGGGGGCCGCCGGGCCCUCUUCGACAGUUACACGAAUCUGGAGCGAGUGGCUGAUUACUGCGAGAACAACUACAUCCAGUCCGCAGAUAAGCAGCGUGCUCUAGAAGAAACCAAAGCCUACACCACCCAGUCCUUAGCAAGCGUUGCCUAUCUGAUCAACACUUUGGCCAACAAUGUGCUGCAGAUGCUGGAUAUCCAGGCCUCCCAGCUGCGAAGGAUGGAAUCUUCAAUCAAUCAUAUUUCCCAGACAGUUGAUAUUCAUAAAGAAAAAGUGGCAAGAAGAGAAAUUGGAAUUUUGACUACCAAUAAAAACACUUCAAGGACACAUAAGAUUAUUGCUCCAGCCAACCUUGAACGGCCAGUUCGUUAUAUUAGAAAACCUAUUGACUAUACUCUUCUAGAUGACAUUGGCCAUGGCGUAAAGUGGUUGCUUAGAUUUAAGGUGAGUACCCAAAACAUGAAGAUGGGUGGGCUGCCGCGAACAACUCCUCCGACUCAGAAACCUCCCAGUCCCCCUAUGUCAGGGAAAGGGACGCUUGGGCGGCACUCCCCCUAUCGCACACUGGAGCCAGUGCGUCCUCCAGUGGUUCCAAAUGAUUACGUACCUAGCCCAACCCGUAAUAUGGCUCCCUCGCAGCAGAGCCCUGUGAGGACAGCUUCUGUGAAUCAAAGAAAUCGAACCUACAGCAGCAGUGGCAGUAGCGGAGGGAGCCACCCGAGUAGCCGGAGCAGCAGCCGAGAGAACAGCGGCAGUGGGAGCGUGGGGGUGCCCAUCGCUGUCCCCACCCCGUCGCCUCCCAGCGUCUUUCCAGCCCCUGCUGGCUCCGCUGGCACUCCUCCCCUUCCUGCUGCUUCUGCAUCUGCUCCCGCCCCUCUCGUUCCUGCCACUGUCCCCCCCUCCGCUGCCCCUGACGCGGCUGCCGGGGGUGCCCACACCCUUGCCGAUGGCUUCACUUCUCCAACUCCCCCCGCUGUUUCUUCUGCUCCCCCUGCAGGCCAUCCUGUUCAGUUCUACAGCAUGAAUAGGCCUGCCUCUCGCCACACUCCGCCAACCAUAGGGGGCUCGUUGCCCUACAGGCGUCCUCCUUCCAUGACUUCACAGACGAGCCUUCAGAAUCAGAUGAACGGAGGACCUUUUUAUAACCAGAAUCCAGUACCUCUUGCUCCUCCUCCUCCCUCCAUCCUACAGGUAACUCCUCAGUUACCUUUAAUGGGAUUUGUGGCCAGAGUCCAAGAAAAUAUUUCAGAUGCUCCUCCUCCGCCACCGCCCGCGGAAGAGCCUGUCUUCGACGAGUCCCCGCCCCCGCCCCCGCCCCCGGAGGAUUACGAAGAGGAGGAGGCAGCGGUGGUGGAGUACAGCGACCCCUACGCCGAGGAGGACCCGCCCUGGGCGCCCAGGGCUUACCUGGAGAAGGUUGUGGCAAUUUAUGAUUACACAAAGGACAAGGAGGAUGAGCUGUCCUUCCAGGAAGGAGCCAUUAUUUAUGUCAUCAAGAAGAAUGACGACGGUUGGUAUGAGGGUGUCAUGAACGGAGUGACUGGGCUCUUCCCUGGGAAUUACGUGGAGUCCAUCAUGCAUUACUCGGAGUGAGGCUCGGCAGGCUGUGCUUCCCUCCCAGCGCAGUCACAGGCCCUGGGACUCCCUUCCAGUGGGAUGGAGUGAAGUCUACAGACAAUACAAACUUUUUUGUUGGUUUGUUUAUCCCCCAGUAUUGGAAGCAAAAAAGAAAGCCAAAUCUGAAAAUGGGUCUCCUCACGGUGGUUUGUACUGUGUUGAGGUAUCUGGAGUGACACAAAGUGACCAUUUCUGAACAUGUCAAAGGUGUAGCCACCUGCCCAUGUAGCUACAUGUCUGCCUAAGAUGGAUUCAGAAACUGGGAUGCUUCCUCAGGAACACUGAGCCCCCUUGGUCUGUGGUGUUGGCUGCUCCUCAGUGCCUGGGCUGCGGGCUCAGCCUCACUCCCAGUGGGCAUGCCCGGUGCUUGCUUUGUUCCACCUAUGUGAAGAGGAGGAAACUAGCGUUCGGAUACCAUGCGUUCCCGUUGAGACCUUGUUUUGGAUAACUCCUUUCCUCGUUGGCACUGUAAAUUCUGCAUUUGUAGCACGUGCUGUGCACCUGCAAGUUCCUGUUGGUUUCAACAUCCUUUCAUGUUUCUCAAUUCGUAGAUUUUAGAGGUGAUGCAAUGGGAGUCUCCUCAUGGUGAAGGUGGUUCAUAGGGGCACUGCUGCUGUGGCCAGCAGGGAACAGGCUGAGUGGGCUCUGUGCAGUUGUCAGCCAGGACGUCCUCAAGAGCGUGCCCGAGGUGGUUCUGAGCAGGAACCCUUGCCUGAGGUGCUCUUCAGGGGAAUCAGCUGAGAGGGUCCCCCGUGAGCACUGGACCUUCUCAUCACCAUCUAGAAGAGCAUUGUAGUGGUCAUCUCCCAGCCUUUUGGUGACCCCCGGGACUCACAGCAGUGCCAGCCAUGGCUCCGCCAGGAGCCACAGGACAUGUAGAGCCUCUCCUGUGAUUGUACUCUGGGGGGGGCCCGGGCCCACCUGAACCCUGCAUCCAGACUCAGAAUAUGGUAGUUGGAUAUCACAGAGGCCCCAGCACUUCUCUAGUCUGUUACCAAUCAGUAGGACUUGGAAUGGUAGUAAAGCAAUGUUCUAACCCAUCUGUUGCACAGUGAGAGCUCCAGGGUCAGUGGAGGCUGUAGGCAGCUUUAUUCACACCUGUCACCGCUGUAGGAAAUGCUGCAAUAUCCCUGGGAGAGCUGGCUGCCCCAGAGCGAGCAGUGGCACUGGCUCACCCUGGCCCGUCUGCCUGCGUGGCUGCCUCGGGGAGCGUUGAGCCCUGAGGAUCUCAAGUGUAGGCCUUGCGCAUAAAGGGUAGUUCAGGCAGGAGGAACUCAAUAGCAGAAUGAUCUGGCAUGAGUUAAUAUUCUAAUUGUAAAACUUCAUAUCUGAGUGUGACAUUUCAUCAUUGUGUAAUGGCCCCAGAUACGGAAAUUCCUAUCAAGACUUCAUUUUUAAACUUGUAUCUUAAAAGGUUGUAACUUGGCUUAACUGUUCUGCUUUUAGGUUUCCCCAGACUUGAUUCUAGCUUUACCUCCUUGCCUCCAGGCCACAUCCCACUGUUUUUCUUAAAUCAUUUUGACAUCCCUUAGUGUCUCCCUUUACAGUCCUUCAUGUCCUCUGAGCUUUGAGCUCCAUCCCAGUCCCGGACUAGACUGUAUUUGGAUAUUAGAUUCUUAGCACUGGUAAUAACUAGAGAAAUGAUUUUGGACUUGUUCCAUCUAUGAGUUGUUUUUUUUUCUGUUUUCUGAGAGCAUUCAUUGGGUUAAUGAGGCAGAGGAUGUUUUGAAAUCCAAAAAGGUUUCCCCAGCUCCUCCCCAGAAGACACAUCCGUGCAGACAGGAGCUGGGCUGCUCGGCAGGAAGGCAGCCUCCCUGCGGGCCCUCGCUGGAUGGGACCGUGCCGGACACUUGGCGCUGGCCCUGGCAGGUGGCCAGGACCUGACUGAGUUUUCAGUAUUAUUUGGUACUAUUAUGUGUGUUAAGUGACUCCCAUUUUUCAAAUGAUCAUAGAUGGGUUUUCUGCAUACCUUUUUUGGGGAGGGGGUGUUACAAUUUUGAACUCUACAGAUUGUUUCAGAAGGAUACUAUGUGAUGAUCAUGGGCCAGGCCUGCAUUGGAGACUUAGUGUACGUAAUAUUUCAUAGAUUGCAUGCUAUUAAUAGUCCGAGGGUAGUAUUUCCUGUUGUGUUUUCCCCUUUAUCCUCUUGUACACUAAAAGAUGGUGGGUAUUAGGAAUUCCAAAUUAAUCCGGAAAGUUUGACAUGCUGUUAAGAUCACAGCAAAGCUGAUAACAGGUUUCAAAUGUGCCAAUUGGCAAAGAUGGAAUCUGAUGGGAUGGGAGAAGAUUCUUCCCCUUGCAGUUGUGUUCACUCCCAUUUGUUAAAACAUUUAAAACAAGUGACUGAAUAGUCCCGCCCCACCUGCCCCUCUGGUGGUAAUAUUCCAAGGCCCAUGAAGAUAGGAGAAUGUGCUGUUUUGUCACCUUUGACCUUAUGGCCAUGGCAGUAAAUUGGAAACAGUGCCAGUGUGUCUGAAUCUAGACCUCAGGAAUCCAGACGAGUGUGUGCAGAAUAAAUACAGACCUCCAAGAUGGCUUGUUCGGUAUUUUCUGUUUCUUGGCCUAUUUGUCUUCCUCAGACAGGUGCUGUUCUCGUCUCGUGUUGGGCAAGAAGUUAACUUUGUGUGUCCCUGAAGGUUGCUGGGGAGCAGACGUCCUUGUCUUCCUUGGCUCUUGUACUUCCCCGUGGUGUCUGUAUGGUGGCUGGUGGCUGGGCUCACAGCUGUGCUUUCUAUGGAGUAAAUUAAGAUUUUUUUCUGGUUGGGAGGCGUCAAAGUGGAGAUUGCUUUUCAUUUUAUUUUAGCAGGUGACCUCUCUGCAUUAAGAACAAUCCUUUUUCCUCUUACCAUCUCUUCCAUGGGCCUAUUUUCACACCUGACGUUUGAAAGGGUUUGAUGGAAUGGGCAGGUGACUGCUCAGUCUUUGGAAGGAGUGGGCACCUGUUCACUUACGCACUUCAUUGGCCAGGAGCUCUCGAGUGGUGUGCACGUGAUCACUCAGCCCCACCCCCUCGAAUCUUUCCGAGCUAGAUGAGAUUUUAGCAUUCUUGGUUGUCUGGUUUGAUACUUUGUUUGAGGAACUGCAGACAGUAACAGCGCGCCUGGUCAGAACCCAGUAUUCUUCCCUGCACCACAACUGUCUUAAGUAAACGUGCACUUAAGUUUUCCUUAAAAUAAUUCUUUGUUUCUAGGAAAAUACUUGAAAAAAUAUGCCAUGUUUGAUAAAUGCCCUUCAACUAUUCAGACUAUUUAAAGGACUGUAUUAAGUGCAACUUAGUGAAAAUUAUCAUUUACUCCUUCCAAAACUACUAAAACUUUUGCAUAAGGUCUGUAUAGCAAAACUAUCCCAUAAGUUGAGCUGGAGUGCAGCGAGCAGCCUUCUUCGAGAGCCUUACUGAAGUUAUUACAUGCAGGCAUGGAGCCCAUUAAUCUUUUAAGUUGGCUUUAUGCUGAUCUUUGUUCCUAUUGAGUAUCAUAAUUCUAAAAUUAUGAAACUACAGGGCCUAACCAUGAAUAAGUGAUCCUUGCUAAAUAAUGUUUUUGUAAAAAGAAAACAAAAAGCUUAUUUUCACAUUAAACUGAAACCUCUUUUGCAACUUCAGAAUUCUACAGAAAAGCAGUUUUUAAUCAUAUUUCUGUCCAUAUACUUUUUUUUUUUUUUUUAAAGAAAAUGGUUUACAAAAAGAAUGUCAGUUGUGACCGGGCCGGUUGUGCUUUGUAGCUCCCAGGAGAGCUGACGUGUCCGAGUCAUUCAGGAGACCGGAGGGAGCCGUCGCCAGUCAUGUUUCUCUGUGCCAUUGAGCCACCUCCAGAUGAGUGGGGCAACAUUCACUUUUUAAUUUUUUAAUUGUAUUUGGGAUUGAUUAUUGCUGUGUACUAAAAUGACCUAAAUAAAAAUCCCAGAAAGUA